AAAGGUCGCUCGUUGUCCUUUCCUCUUUCGGCGGCAAGGCGUGCGAGUGUGCAGCUGUAGCCUAUGCUAUUCGAGUAAACGCAAUUUUUUUCAAUUUAAAUACCACUUUAGCUAUCCAGAAAUGAGUUUGCCACUGAACCCCAAGCCCUUUCUGAACGGUCUCACGGGGAAACCUGUGAUGGUGAAGUUGAAGUGGGGUAUGGAGUACAAGGGGUAUUUAGUAUCAGUGGAUGGAUACAUGAACAUGCAGCUGGCCAACACAGAAGAGUAUGUGGAUGGAGCACUAGCAGGUCACCUUGGUGAGGUGCUCGUCAGGUGUAAUAAUGUUUUGUACAUAAGAGGAGUAGAAGAAGAGGAAGAAGAUGGAGAGAUGAGAGAAUGAAAAGUACAUUUUGACUAAUUGUGAUUGGAGGAUGUAUUCCUCAGUUGGCAUUUUGUCUCAGUUUUAUGUGAAGCUGACUUGUUAGUUUGUUUUUUUGUUUUUGUACACUGUAAACUGUAUUGAUGGCACAGUGACUAAUAAAUUGUGCAAUUUGUAUACUUU